AUGGACAAAAGAAAGGCCCGAGACUCAGCCCCCUAUGGCAAGGCGUGUCUGAACUGUGUCAAGACCAAGUGCAAAUGUAUCCCCCGCGCCGACGGCAACGACUGUGAGCGGUGCCACCGCCUCAAGAAGCAGUGUCACCCAUCCGAUGGCCAUCGCCGCCGCACCACUCACAACCACGCGGGUAGCACAAACUCGAACGCCCGAAUUACCGAGCUUGAGGACAGGCUCUCCAGUCUGGUUUCACUGCUUGAGUCACGGGGUCAGACUGCGACUCUGACUCAAUCUGAAGCCCAGACUCAGCUCCAGCCCCAGGCUCAGCCCGGACCUCUAUCGGCGCUUACCCCAGCCAGGCUGCCGCAGUCUGCACGACAGCAGCCAUCCGCAUCCCCGCGGCCACGACAACAAUCACGACCACGGCCGAAGACAUGUAUUUAUGGCGAUAUCCUCGGCGCCCUCCACGUCGGCUUCGGCGGGCGCAACAAAGACGAUGAUAACAACACCGACAACGAGUCCGAGACUAGCUCUGACUGUGGCUACGACCACGGCCAGGAACACGACGCUGCCGACGACGACGACGAUAGUGACGCCGACACAGUUCGACCUGAGACCCAGAAGACAUCAGCUCCGUUCUACUUCAGCCUCGACCCCAUCAUGAACCAGGUCGCUUCAGCCACGGGCAUGGUUAGUAAUGAAGCGUUACAAGUCCACACGGACUACGCCCUUGUCGACCUGUUCCGGUCGGGAUUUCUGCCCCAGCUUCCCUUCAUCCACAUGUCUGUCGAUUUAGCCUCGCAACUCAUUGUGCGGUCCGAGCGGCCGCUGCUGCUCCGCGCCAUCGCCUGCGUGACAGCGCCUACGACGCUCGAGAGGCGGACGCGCGCCACUGAGCUGAAAUCAAUGUUCUGCGAGGUCGCCUUCCUGCAGCGCCCCGAGACCCGCCCCGACAUUGUGGACCAGAAGAUGGACCUGCUGCUCGGGUUGCUGACGUACAUCGCCUGGGGCUGGGAUCACGAUCCCGCUGUGUCCCGGCUGAUGGCCGUGGCCGCGUCGCUGGCAGGCGAGCUGCACCUAGCCGACGAGCCGGGGCCGCGCGACAUGCACGCGCUGCGGUACCUCGCCGCUGGGUUUCAGAACCCGCCAGCCGCGCACGUCACGCCACAGGUUGCAUCGGAACGCCGGCGCGCCGUGCUGUCGUGUUUUGUCCUGAGCUCGGCCGUGGCGUCCUACUACGGCCAGCCCAGGGCUCUGCCGUGGACGGAUUCGUUGGAAGAGGCUCUGGCCGCCAUAGCCGCCGGCAAUGAGUCCCGAGAGGACGCCGUGCUGGUCCUGCAGGUGCACCUGCAGCUGCUCGCCGCCAAGGCCGGCCGGCUUCACGCCGAGCUUGGCAACGAUGUCAACGUGCUGCUCCAGCAGACUCAGGGCCUGCGAGCGUGCCUUCCUCCAGGCCUGGGCCAAGAGCAAGAAGCCAUCCUCAUCGCGCACACGCACCACACGGAACUAAGCAUCCUGCUCUCGCCGUCCUCGCAGCAGCAGCAAUCUGGCGAUGACGACAACGGCCUCGCGCGCGCAUGGAAUUCAGCGCAGGCCAUCGAGCGCUGCACCACAGCUCUGCUCUCCCUACCGGCCACCACAAUCCCACAUCUCACUUUGGUGCAGUGGACGCAGCUGGCGCACUGCUUUGCGGCGCUGCACCGUCUCGACAAGGCCACCAUUCCCGCCCCGGUCGCCGAUUCCAGCGAUGAUGACGACCAGCAGGCGCAAACCUGGGACGUGCGCUCAACGGUCGACCUGGCCGACGUGCUGCGCCGCGCGGCAGACACGCUCGAGCGCACGGCGCGCGAGGCUGGCGAACUGGUGCCUCCUCCCGGGGCCGGGGCCGAGGUCGAGGACGGGGUGCUGUUCUCGUGGCUGGCGCGGGGUGUGCGAACGUUCUGUGGCGGGGUCGAGCGCGACCGCGUCGGGGGCCGGGUUGCGAUGGAAGGGGGAGGCGACGAGGAGAAUCACGAGAUGAUGAUGGGCUUGUCGCUGAACGGGCAGGCCGCAGAGGGGCCGCCGCUGACGUGGUCGCCACCGCAGAAGGGCUUCUUUUGGAAACGGUGGGCUUGA